GGUAGGCCUUUCUUAGCUCGGCUGAUCAACAUGCUUGAUUUCAUGAUUUGUUCUGUAAUUGAUGGAUUGUAAUGCAAAUUAUAGUGGUCUUAGGAAAUAGAGAAAUUAAUUCACGGCCUCCUUGUUCAUUUUGUUGAUUUGGGGGAAUUGCUAAGAAAUGUAAUUGCAUGACUUAUGGUAUCGCACCAGGCUACUAGACAUCUUCUUUAUGCCACAAGCAAUUGCCCGAGCCAGAUCUUAAUUAGAUUGAUCGUCCGGUCUGAUUAGUACUCCCUCCGUUCCAUAUUAAUUGACACGGAUUUAGUACAACGUGCCAAUUAAUAUGAAACGAGGGAGUAAUAGUAAUCUUCUAGCGAUUUCACACCAUGUAUAUGUGGGACCUCAUUUGCUGUUAUCUCAGCAUUUCAUAUAUGGAGAAGAAAGAGUCAUGUUCGCAGUUAGGAUGCAUUUCCACUGUUAUAUUUUCUUUACUGCAUGGCGGGUCAAAAAUGACGGUUUGUAGUUAUGGUCAGUGGGCAAUUGACUAGUACAAUCUCGUCUAAGUGCACAUUAAUUUAACUAGCACCAAACCCGUAGUGCUGCCUUUUCUCUUCACCAGUCACCAGCAUUAUAUGUAUACACUAAUAACAUUGAUAAAAUAUAUAAAGUUCAUACACAGAUGCAGACCAUUUGGAGUGGAGGACUGCCUACAAUGCAAUUUCUCGCUCUAUAUUAUAUACUCGCUACUCGAUUGUUGGGGCAAACAAACUUGCAACUCAUCCACCAACGCCCUACAGCCAUGACACUCCAAUACAAUCUCUUGUAUUUCUCGGCUCUUUCUGUGCUCCUAUGCAUGACCAGUGCAGUUGGCCCAGAAGGAGAAGCACUGCUUCGAUGGAAGUCCACUUUGCUUAACUCCAGCUCUCUGUCCUCGUGGUCGCGUGCCAGGCCAACCUGCUCUUGGGAUGGCGUCAAGUGUGACGCUGCUGGCCAUUUCACUGAGCUCAGGCUUUGCAACUCCGGCCUCAAUGGCACGCUCGAUGCCUUCUACUCCGCAGUGUUCCAGCACGUCACUCUCCUCGAACUCUGGAACAACAACCUCUUUGGUGCCAUCCCAUCAAACAUAUCCUUGUUGCUCACCCUCACAAGUCUUGACUUGUCAAACAAUAAUCUCGUUGGUGCCAUUCCCUACCAACUCAGCAAGCUCCCAAGAAUUGUUGGGUUAUAUCUGGGAAAUAACCAGUUGACAAACCUGGAUACUACCAUGUUCUCUCUUAUGCCCUGCCUGCAGUUCUUAUAUCUAAAUGGUAACCAGCUAAAUGGUACAUUCCCACGAUUCAUCCAGAACCGCAUAUUUGACCUCGACCUGUCACACAAUGCCUUCUCAGGUUCGAUUCCAGAGAACCUGCACCACAUGGUACCAAAUUUAGUGUUCCUUGAUCUGUCCUCUAAUAUGUUCUCAGGGUUCAUACCACAGUCCUUUUCAAGACUUGCAAAUCUGAAAGAACUCAGUCUUGCGGAGAAUAAUUUCACCGGAGGAAUCCCAAAAGAGCUCAGUAACCUUACUAAUCUCAGGGUCAUGGACCUGGCGUGGAAUAUGUUCUCUGGAGGAAUCCCAAAGGAGCUCGGUAACGUUAUCAAUCUCGUGUUCAUGGACCUGUCAUGGAAUAUGUUCUCUGGAGGAAUCCCCAAGGAGCUUGGUAACAUUAUUUCUCACGUGUCCAUGGACCUGUCGAGAAACAUGUUCUCUGGACGAAUCCCAGCGGAGCUCGGUAACAUUUCUAAUUCCCUGCUUAUGGACUUGUCGUGGAACAUGCUCUCUGGGGCUUUGCCACCUUCCAUUUCGAGGAUGCAGAAUAUGCGAGAGUUUGAUGUUGGGAACAACCUUCAUCUCAGUGGCAACAUCCCAUUCGAGUGGUUCUCAAACCAGACCUUGGCCGUUUUCAAUAUUGCAAACAACACCUUCACUGGAGGUAUUAGCGAGGCUUUUUGUCAGCUACGUAAUCUGCAAGUCUUAGACUUGUCAAACAAUCUCUUAUCUGGAGUAUUCCCUGGUUGUUUAUGGAACUUGCUUUAUCUUAGUUACAUGGAUUUGUCAAGCAAUGCCUUUGCUGGACAAGUUCCAACCUCAACAAACCUUAUUUCUUCACGAGCUCUUUCUUCACUAGUAUAUGUGCAUCUGUCAAACAACAAUUUCACAGGAUAUUUUCCACCUGCUAUAAAUAACUUGCAGAACUUAAUGUCUUUGGAUCUAGGGGACAAUAAGUUUUCUGGCAAAAUUCCUUCGUGGAUAGGGGUAGGGCUCCCUUUGCUAAGAAUGUUACGACUACGAUCAAAUAUGUUCCAUGGAAGCCUUCCUUUGGAGGUAUCACAACUCUCUCAUCUCCAGUUGCUUGACCUGGCUGAAAACAAUCUCACAGGUUCCAUACCAAUGAGUUUUGGCAACUUCCCUUACAUGGAGGAAAUGCCAGAAAUGUAUAUAUCAACAAACAUUUCAAUUGGCAGCUUCUAUGAUGAAACUUACGGGUUCGAUGGUAUGGUUUAUUCACAAAAUGGUCAGAUGGAUAUAAUCUGGAAAGGACGAGAUUAUACUUUCAGUACAUCAAUUAUGCUUCUGACUGGUAUUGAUCUAUCAAGCAACUCCCUUUCUGGUGAGAUCCCUGCAGAAUUGCUAAACCUUCGAGUCCUUCGAUUCCUUAACUUGUCAAGAAAUAAUUUAUCUGGUGGUAUCCCAAAUAACAUUGGUAACUUGAAAGAUAUGGAGUCUCUUGACCUGUCUUGGAACAAGCUCACAGGUCCUAUUCCUUCAAGCAUAUCACAAUUGAUGUUCCUCAGCACUCUGAAUGUCUCCAACAAUCUUCUAUUUGGAGAGAUACCUAGAGGCAAUCAGCUCCAAACACUCAAUGACCCCUCGAUUUAUAGCAAUAACCUGGGACUAUGUGGUCCCCCAUUGAGCAUGCCAUGUAAAAAUGACUCGAGUUGUACAAGAGUGCUGGAUGGGGCAAAUGAACAGCACCAUGAGCUUGAAACGAUGUGGCUGUACUACUCAGUGAUUGCUGGAAUGGUCUUUGGUUUCUGGCUUUGGUUUGGAGCGUUAUUUUUCUGGAAGAUCUGGAGGAUUUCGUUCUUCGGUUGCAUUGAUGCCAUGCAACAUAAUGUUUUGCAGAGGAUGAAGCGUACGCACCUGACAAUACAACACUCUGCCUCCUACUGUGCAGUGUUUUUCUAAGUUUUCUCACAUUUACUAUCUGUCGUGACACUCUUUGUUUUCCUUCCCCAAUAAAGUGCAAACUGUCCUGUGUGGACAGAAAUGGAUGUUCUUAUCAACUUAUCAUGAUAUACAAACUUCCUAGGAUUUGCAUUAGGUUUAAUUAUCUGAAUAUUGUGAGUUUGGUCGUUUCCUUUUAUAUAGCUGUUGUUUCUGCAAGACCAAUUUCCUUAAGUUAUGUAUAUUUCUUCAUCACCUUUUUAUAUAUUUCCUGAUCCUGUUAAUACCUAAGAGUGCAGCCACACAAUUUUACGUAAUUCUUGGAUACUUAUGCUUGUGUCUUAUCUUCUCUGUUUACAGUUGUUUAGUACAGAAAAAAAUCCGAAUUAUGCUGGCUACAAAUAACCAAAGAAUAAGGGCGAAGCCGCAGUCCACCGACAGUUUCCUGGGAAAAGAACCCUAGAAGCACAACUCAUUUCUGGUAGCCGUUGACGAGGACGGUGCAGCUCUUCCUGGUGUCCCAUUAGGAGCCAAAACCCAGCUCGGAUGCUGCUCUAUUCCUAAGGGUCUGCUGUAAAAUUUAGCGCCUUGUUGCUUCCGAACACAUUAAUGUGCUUGAAUUUUUCUGUUGUUUUUGUAAGAGCAGCUUUUUUUUCCGAGAAACGCAGAAGCGCUUUGCAUCUCGAUGCAGUGAUAGACAAGAGAAAAGUUAUGAUAUA